AAAGUGCGCCCCGGUAUCCGCCCAUAUUCGCUUAAAGGAGGCCAACCUGAGCAGCUAGGCCGGACGCUCGAUCAAAUGGAAAGUUCAAUCGAAUAAUUUGCCCACUUUUUCGCAUGUUCUCACUUGCUUCUUAUACGAGGUAGACCGACUUAAAUGCGGGUGUUUCGGUGUGAAAUAGGAAAUGCAGAGAUCGUGUGAAACGAGAGGAUUAUCAGCUUGACUUAUUUGGUCGCUUCUUCGGACGCGGAACUCCACUCGCUAAAAGAAAAGGCAAUGCUAUUCAGUGGAACUCCUCCCUGACUGCAGGCUGUGCAGAGCUGCGAGCAGUGAAUCAUGACAGAAUAUAAGUUGGUAGUGGUGGGAGCUGGUGGCGUUGGCAAGAGCGCACUUACGAUUCAGCUCAUCCAGAAUCACUUUGUGGAUGAAUAUGACCCCACCAUUGAGGACUCCUACAGAAAGCAGGUAGUAAUCGAUGGAGAGACGUGUCUGCUGGACAUCCUGGACACUGCAGGUCAGGAGGAGUACAGUGCCAUGAGGGAUCAGUACAUGAGGACCGGGGAGGGCUUUCUCUGUGUCUUUGCCAUCAACAACACAAAGUCCUUCGAGGACAUUCACCACUAUAGAGAACAGAUUAAACGAGUGAAGGACUCUGAGGAUGUCCCUAUGGUGCUGGUGGGGAACAAGUGUGACCUCCCGUCCCGGACAGUGGACACCAAGCAGGCUCAGGACUUAGCGCGCAGCUACGGCAUUCCCUUUAUCGAGACCUCAGCCAAAACCAGACAGAGAGUGGAAGAUGCCUUUUACACUCUGGUACGGGAGAUCAGACUGUACCGGCUCAAUAAGCUCAGCAAGGAAGAAAAGACUCCGCGCUGUGUCAAGCUUAAAAAGUGUGUUGUGAUGUGAAAGGGGGUGUUGAUGAUGCCUUUUACACAUUAGUGCGAGAAAUCCGGAAGCAUAAGGAGAAGAUGAGCAAGGAGGGCAAAAAGAAGAAAAAGAAGUCCAAGACAAAGUGUACACUUAUGUGAAUGACCAGCCCUUUUCAAGACAGACUAAAUAAAAAAAAAAAAAACUAUGU